UAGAGAGGCGAUAAGAGAGCGUCUUUGUUGAAGGUAAAUCCGAGCUCUUUGUUCAUUUUUUUUCCUUCUCGAGUUGAUGCUUGUUGAUUUCAUCAGUUUUAAGGGUUCGAUUGUGGGGUUUAAAUAGAUUUAGGGUUACUAAUCGAAUUGGGGAUUUAAAUCGAAUUAGGGUUUUCGUCUGGGUUUGCUAUUUUCUUCUUUUCGAUUCGCUUGUUUGUUGUUAUCGUCGCGAUUAAAGGUUCGGGAUUGAGUUCAAAAUCGAUUAAGGGUUUUCGUCUGGAUUUGAUAAUUUUUUUUUUGAAUGAAAUUCGUCUGGGUUUGAUUAAUUGUGGAUUUAGAAUCGCUUAUAUGUUUGCAAUGGUUACAAUCCAGUGAAUCUAAAUUUUUUUUUCUUCUCGCAGGUUCUGAAAUGGAGGAAGAACUGCGAGAUAUGAAAGCACGCAAAGGAUUCCCAAACUGUGCCCCUGUGGAUCAAUCACGAAGGAAUUCGUAGAUGAAGAGGAUACUUCAUCUGCAAAGACUACCAGAAUGACGGGCUGCAUUUCAGGCAACCAUCGGUUAUGGGUGUGCAACAAGAAGUUGAGAGGCUCAAAGUACGGGUUCACGAGCAUGAGAAACUUCUGAGAGAGUGCGAGACACUUAAGGCACAGGUGAGAAUGCUGGUCAAGUGUGUGUCUGAACUUGAGAGAGUUCUGUGAGGUUAGUGCAUAAACUUACCCGUCUUCUUUUCCUUGUUAGAACUCUUUAACUCUCUAGUUAAAACUUAGCAGUUUGAAUUGAAACGGAUAGGACUGUCAGUAACUUUGUAGUUUGAAAACAAUUACUUUGCAGUUUGUACUUUCCAACUUUGUAGUUAUAAAUGCACACUAAACCACCAUUAAAUUGACUCUAAUUGCAUCUUGCAAACUAAAACUUCAUUAAAUUAUCUCUAGUUGUUCUGAUAUGACAGUUUUCUACUAGGAUUCAAUGUAGAAUCCCUUAUUUAAUCAUCUCCGUUUCUAGUAGAGAAUCACAGAGACUUCUUCCUAAAUGUUAAACUCCUCUAGUUUUGUUAACCUCUUAGCGAGCCAAGGGUCAGUUGACCUUGACUCAUUAGAAACUCCUUUGUUUAGUAGCCAAUGUCCUGAAGAGUCUAGUGUCAAAGAGAGGAGAAAGUGGUCUGUCAAGGAUGAUAUAAUCCUCAUUGGUGCUUGGCUCAACACCAGCAAAGAUUCAAUAGUGAGUAAUGAACAAAAAGGUGGUGCCUUCUGGAAGAGGAUUGUAGAGUACUACAACUCCAGUCCUCUCCUGGUUGGGACAGUGCCAAGAGAACUAGGGCAAUGCAAGCAAAGAUGGGCUAGGAUCAAUGAUUUGGUCUGUAAGUUUGCUGGCUGCUACGAAAUGGCACUGAGGGAGCAGAGAAGCGGGCAAAAUGACCACGAUGUGAUGAAGGCAGCCUUGGAUAUCUUCUACAGUGACCAGAACAUGAAGUUCAACUUGGAACAUGCGUGGAGGGAGCUUAGGCAUGAUGUGAAAUGGUGCUCCACCUAUCUGGAGAAGGACAAGGAUAAGCGCAAACCAGUGGAUUCUCCAGUGCCAGAGCCAGAAGAGAGACCAAUAGGGGUUAAGGCUGCUAAGGCUGCGGAGAAGAGGAAGAAAACUGGAAAAGAAGAAGAAUUGGCGAAGCUAGAAGGAUUGUUGGAGAUGAAAAAGCAAAUCUCGAAGCAAAGUUUGCUAGAAAGUUUGCUUGCAAAGCCCGAGCCACUCUCUGAGAUGGAAUUAGCUCUCAAAAUGAAACUUUUGUCUGAGAUGUUGUCAUGAUUGAUGGUUUGUUAGUUUUAGUGAUGUUUGCAUUAGAAGUUUGCAACUAUUUUUUACUUUACUUACUCAUCUCAUAUUCUCUGUUUCAGGUGAAGUACAAGACCAUGUGCCAGAUGAAGACAAAAGAUGGUGUCUCUUCCUUGUUCAGUCACAGGUAGUUUCUUUAUUGUAGCUUGUAUUUCCAUGUGAACCAAGUCACGAGUUCUUUGUUUCUGUGUUGCUUUUGUAUUUUCAUGUGCACCAAGUCACGGGUGUCUGUUUCUUUGUUGCUUUGUAUUUCCAAGUUGUCUUUAUAAGUCAGUUUGUAGUGUUGGCUAUGAGCUAUUUCCUUUGCUCUUCUUGUACUCAGAACAUGUAACGCUUUUUUUCAAUCUUGUUAUGAAAUUUCUUUCCUCUUCUUCCACAGUUUGUAGUUGAUCUAUUCUACAAUCUCUCAACAUAUCACGACAUAUCUUCCUCUUCUUCCAUAGUUUGAAAAGAGUCAAGACUCAACUAGAAAAGAUGGCAGAUGAAGUCGAUCGAAGAUUAAAUGCGGCUUUGGAUGAGGCUAUCGAUGAAUAUUUUGAAGAUACAUACAAUAACAUCGUGGAGAACCGAACAAAGAAACAGAAAAAUGUGCAUAUGUCGAACGAAACCGCGAAGAGGGCCAUAACCGUCUAUGGAAUGACUACUUCUGUGAAGAUCCGACAUUUCCGGCUCAUUUAUUCAGACGGUGUUUCCGCAUGAACAAGGCAGUAUUCAUGCGUAUUGUCGAUCGCCUCUCAGAAAAUGUUCCAUUCUUUCAACAAAGAAGAGAUGUUGUUGGAAGGUUAGGUCUAUCUCCACUACAAAAGUGUACGGCAGCUCUUCGUAUGCUUGCUUAUGGUUGUGCGGCUGACGCCGUUGACGAAUAUCUCCAACUUGGUAAAAGCACAACACUUUCGUGUUUAAGCAAUUUCACAGAAGGCGUAAUACAGUUAUUUGGAGAUGAGUAUCUAGGAAGACCCACUCCAGAGGAUCUUCAACGACUACUCGAUAUUGGAGAGAUACGCGGCUUUCCUGGGAUGAUAGGAAGCAUCGACUGUAUGCAUUGGGAGUGGAGAAAUUUCCCAACCGCUUGGAAAGGACAAUACACACGUGGAUCAGGAAAGCCGACAAUUGUCUUGGAGGAUGUAGCUUCACAAGAUCUUUGGAUAUGACACGCUUUUUUUGGUCCUCCAGGUACCUUAAACGAUAUUAACGUCCUCGAUCGGUCCCCUGUUUUUGAUGACAUUUUACAAGGUCGAGCUCCAAGGGUACAGUACGUGGUCAACGGACACCAAUAUGAUUUGGCGUACUACCUCACGGACGGCAUAUAUCCAAAAUGGUCAAUAUUUAUCCAAUCUAUCUCACUCCCUCAAGGUCCUAAAGCCGAGUUAUUUUCUAAAGUUCAAGAAACAACCCGAAAAGAUGUGGAGCGUGCUUUUGGAGUAUUGCAAAGCUCGAUUUGCAAUAGUGAAAAACCCGGCUAUUUUGUGAGACAAGAGACAAAUAGGGAUGGUUAUGCGAACAUGUAUCAUACUGCACAAUAUGAUAGUAGAAAAUGAACGCAAUGGAUACACUCAGUAUGAUAUAUCUGAGUUUGAAGAAGGAGACUCGAGUAGAAGUUCACAGGUGGAUAUGUCAUAUUCUACCGACAUGCCUUCAAAUCUCGGUAAUAUGCUUGGCGUACGGAGUCAUGUUCGUGAUAGGCAUAUACAUGAACAAUUGAAUAUGAUUUGAUUGAGAAUAUUUGGAACAAGUUUGGUAAUGAUGAAGAUGUUUAAUUAUUGUAUGUUUACAUUUAAUCAUUCAAUAAAUGAAAAUUUUAAAUUUAAAUGUUUUACAAAUUUAAUAAUUUUUAAUUUUUAAGAUUCAAUUCAAAAAAAAAAAAAAAAUUCUAAGAACUCCAUAAUUGAUAACACCAUUGGACUUAUAAUUAUGAUUAGAGUCUUUAACUAUUCAAAAAAAAAAAAUAUUAUUCUAUUGCUACUCCAAUGGUGUGCUCUAAGCUUUGUUCUCAAACAUGAAAUUCUAUUUUCAAUAUUCUAUUGCUACUCCAAUGGUGUGCUCUAAGCUUUGUUCUUUAUUUUCAAGCAUUCGUAAAUCCUUGUAUACACUUGUCAUUUACCUUAUAAAAUUCCUGUGGUUAGGCAUUCGCCUACCUAGUUUUUCUCCAUGGGCCAGUAGAAUUUAUUUUUUGCCUUGGUGCCUUGCACACCUCGUAGAGAAAAACUUCUUUUCUCUCUAGCGUCUCGUUUUUUGUGAAAACCCUUAUCCCCCUGCAACCCUACAGCCCAACCAUGGCUGCAAAUCCCUUCCGCCCGCCACCCCAUCUGCCUGACUUUGGCUUCCCCUCCUCCGACCCUAAUCUGUCCCUCACCAAAUUCCCCCCCUGCUCUCUCCAUCCCCCGUGCUUCCUUUGUUCCAAAUAAGUUUUCUUCAUUGGGUUCUCCUUGGACUCUUCCUUCACUACCAACUGAUUCCAUUGUUUCUUCAGCACUGGUGGACCUGCUUCCGCAAGUCUCUUCUACUUCGGUUGAAGCCACGGCUCCUGAGUGCUCUACUUCGCCGCUAGUCCAUUUAUUUCAAACUCUCCUUCUAGUAAGGAUAAAGAUAAUUCCAUGCUGGAAGCAUCUGGUAACGCUCCAGUCAACCUCUGGACCCUAUUUCCUUUCCUCCUCUAUCGUCUCCUACCCACCUUCCUAGCAAUGCUCAGCCGCCUAUUCAUCCUCCCACUAAUUUGCAACCAAACCCCACUAGCCAACAAUCCAUCGCCUCUCCUCCUCUUCCCACCAACUGGGCAAAAAACCGAAAGAAAUCUACUGAUAAAACUCUCAAAAAAAUUGCAGACUCCACUUUUACCCCUGAAGGCAUCCCAAGGAUUAAAAUUCCAGACUCUGUCUUCAAAAAAGGAGCAAAUCUACAUCAAGACUUCAUUUUGGGCGUUUUCCUCAGAAGUGUGUUAACUCACAUUUGAGGAUAGAGGAAUGAAACUCGAAAUUCAUCUACGGCCUGAAUCCAGAUCUAUAUUGGUCAGGAUUCCGAACUCAACCAUAAGGAAAAAGAUAGUGGAGCAAGAGCUUUGAAAACCAAAGCUUUGACCUUUUUGAAUCCAACCAUUAUUAUCUUGCCUGUAUGCAACGAGUUUUCCAGGUUAUGGGCAGUCGAUGUUUCCUGCCAUUAUCAUAGGUGGUGAACGGACGGCCCCAAAUAGCUUGUUUAAGAUAGAAGAAGCUACAGGAGCACAUACUUACAAGUUGACCACCUCAUCUGGAACCGUUGGAAACAUCCCAGUGGCUUGGUUGAGUGCACCACAGCUAAUUGUCACCAAUGAUGAGGCUAAGACCUUAUUCGUCAAGUUCAUAUGAAGGUUGAUGAUGAUGCUACUACUAAGGCUACUACUUAAACUUCACGUGUUGAGAAGUUAGGUCUAAGGAUGUUCCCAUUCUACUAGUCAAGAGAUCAUGUAAUAUUGUAAAACGCCUGAGAUCUAUGGCCAUGAAUAAUGGGUUGAGAUAAUACCCGCAUGCAUGUAUGUGAACUUGUCUUUACUUUCAUAAUAAAUCAAAUAAAUUUGUGUUUCCGGCGCUU